AUGCGACAGGCAGGAACACAGUAUGAAGGAGGUCAUCGCGGUGAUGAAUGGAUCGUUGAUAUUGAAAUGGCGCUGGGAUGCGCAUAUGGCGAAAUAGGAAGGACAGGCAGCAUUUGCAGGGUUCCAGAAAAGAUUCGACCAGCCGAAGACGAAGACAAAGAGUACCGUUACAGGCCUCGGCACGCGGCCAUGGGACCCUUUCACAGGGGCACCAGAAACGACCUGCAAUUUAUUGAAUUGACCAAAUGGCAGCACAUGCACCAUCUUUUUGAGCAUCGAACGCAGAACAAGUCGCUGGCUGUUAAAAGCUGCAGUGAGGCCAUGAAAGGCAUAGGGAGCAUAAUUCGAGCGAGCUAUGGGGAGAAAAUAGACAUGCCAGAAGAGGAGCUUGCCAGAAUCAUGUUACUAGAUGGCUGCUUUCUUCUAGAGUUUCUGCUUAGGUUCACUACUGAGCAAGAGGCACGUGUUGACACGAAAUAUAUGUUACGAGUGCUCACAGAUCUCACGCUGCUCGAGAACCAAAUCCCUUUUGUCGUUCUCACAACUUUGUCCUCAAUACUUUUUGAAUUUCUGUAUGAUGGCCAGCUACCGCGACUACGUCGCCUUCUGGAGGUCAAAUCACUUUCUCCCCACAAACUUGCCAAGUCACUCCUUAAAUGCAACGUUGCCCGCGCUGAUUUCCCCAACGGUGUUUAUCAUUUCCUUCAUCUCAUCCACUUGUCCUCCCCUGAUCCCUAUCAGGACGAGGAACGCAGGAGUGAUCCACUACCAAUGCAGCGCUCCGCUAGAAAGCUCCAAGCUUUGGGAAUCACAAUUAAGGCUGAGGCUACACAAACUAACGAUUCUCCAGGCAAUGACAAGUCGGAAGAAACUGCGGCUUCUGUGCUAAGGAAAUUCGUGGACAAGUUCGAAUUCAAAAUAGAAUUUAAUGAGGAGGAGCGAGCACUGAAAAUCCCGACGCUGCACAUAAAAGAGACAACAGAAGUAAAAUGGAGGAAUUUGAUUGCUUGGGAGCAAAUCGGGUUGACUGAAAUCGGCUACAAAUUCACCUCCUACGCUUAUUUUUUCAAAGGUUUGGUCUGUUCUGUUCAUGACCUCAAACUACUUAAACAGGAAGAAGUCAUAAAAGUGCAUAACGAGGCCAUCAAGGACGAGGAUUUGGUGGAUAUGUUACAAAGCAUCACAACUGGGGCGGAACGAAGGGAUGGGAGAUACAGCAAAAUAUGCAAGAUAUUGAACAAAGCCGAGGUGAAUGGUGUGGUAGGACGUUGCGUCCUCGUUUUCAGAAUGCCGUGGCAUUAUUGGCGGCGUUUUGUGGAAGGAACAAAAUUCCAGUUCUUCAGGCUCGCAUAUAUCUUUUUGGGCACUGCAUGGAGGAAAGCCGGAAUUUUUUCCGGUAUAGCCCUGUUUGGUCUUACUAUUACGCAGACCGUUUAUGCAAUACGGGCUGUAGAGUGA